GAACUCAGAACCAGUGUUGCAGGAGUAAUACUAGGGAGUUCUCAAGUUCUCCUAUAAGGCCCCUCCUUGCAUAUCCUAUAUGCAUGCCUUCGACAUCACUUCCCCGUCAUUAAUUAGGAUCUAAAAGUAUAAUUAUUGUCUAACAUCCCACGGCAUCCCCAGGCAUUUAAAGCAGGAUCCAGCCCCAGCCCAUGAAAAGUGCUUUGUACCAAGUAGAAGACACUAUAUUCCUUGUGGAUUGUUUGAAUGAAAGAAGGAGGAAUUGAGAUUUGCUAAUUUUUACCAUCUUUUUAUUAUACACUUUGAAAUGGGGACGCAGAAGGUUGUGAGCCUGUUGGCUUCUUCUGAAAGAGAAAAGACAAGCUUGGCGAUUAAAGUUGUUUUAGUGGUGUUUGUAUUAUUUACACUACUGAAUGCAGGUGGAACUCUAUUUAUUCUGUUGCAAUGGAGAGAGAUUUCUUCUAGACUUAGUGAUCUGGAGUCAUACCAGAGGCCAUCAAAAGAAGAUAUGUUAACCUCCCACCUUAGUCAGCUAAUUUCAGAGUUAAAAAAGCCAAACUCUGAAGACACUGCUCCACAGGUUUCCAGGAACAAAAGGAGUCAUCGUCACCAACAUCAAGACAACUUUAUCAGAGCUGAAAAUCAAGACAUGCUUAUGAUGAUGACAUACACCAUGGUCCCGGUAAGAAUGCUGAUGCUACUUAAUAAAGCAGCCUAAGGGUACUUCUGCUUAUUGUUGUAUAUCCCUUACUGUUACAGUUUAAACAAGCCUUAAUAGUCAUAAUCUUGAUGCAACCUUUAUGCAGCAUAGAAUUACCUGUAGAAGAAACCCCUGAAACAUCUAAAAGUUAGUAUUGUAUUGAACCCCUAAAAAAGGUUUAGAUGGAAAAAAAUAGUUAGUUAUUUUCUGUUACAAAGGUACUCAUGUGCAACACGAAAGUAACACAUAGACUGAUUAUGAAAGUAGACUCAUCCAUUAGUACCCUAACAUUAUUUAAACAAUUACUGGAGUCUGUUGCCAAAAUAGAUAGAAUUAUCAUAGGCCACAUCCUAAUUUCUGCUACUUAUCUGCCAUGAUACUGGAAAUCACCUAAUACCCCAUCACUGAAAGAAAUUUUAAAUUUAGUCUUGGACAAUAAAAUGCACGAAAUGUCUUAUGUAGACAAAUUCCAGUUUAUUUGUGCAACUUCAAUACAGUUGGAAUAAAUGGGAAAAUUGUGUUAAAGAAUCCUAUGAUUUAUAAUUGUCAUCUGCUAUUAUGAUAUGCUAUACACAAUAAUAUGUAAAUGCAAUAUUAUGUUCAUUGUUAUUAUGGAUGGAUAUCCUUCACCCCUUCCCACCCCCAUUAUUUUUUUUACGUUCCCCUUCCCUUUCCUUCCCCUAAUAGUAUGUUUUACUAUUCAUUAUUUUUUUUUCUGUAAAAUUUAGAAAAUCUUAUGAAAACUAUUUGAAAAGAAAUAACAGAGGCUUAUUUAUCACUUUUAUGUAAUUACCGGUAAAAACAAUCUCUGAAACAUUUCAGUAUUACAUUCAGAUUCAGGACAAAAUUUUAAAAGGAAUAUAAAUCUUUGAACUUUUUAACAAAGCCAAAGUAUUGAUCCAAAGGUUCUUAGUACAAAUAUUUAUCUAGAGUUGAAUCGCUCUCUGUCUGUCUAUUUAUCUAUCUGUCUAUCUAUUACUUUCCUUUCAGUAGCAUGUUGUAAAAGUAGUUUAAAGUUGUCAUGAUUGCAUCUCUGUACGGAAAUGUACCGAUAGAACUUUUUAAAUUUUGUUUGAGUAAUAUUUGAACAUGAAUUAGCAUAACAUAUGACUUUACAACUUGUAUUGAAAUAUUACAAUAUUAAAAGUAAAUGAACUUCAGGCAUCCGCUAGAAGUAUAAAAUAAUUCAAAAAAAUAAAACGAAACAAAAAAAUCUGAAAGAAAUUAAGCAAAAUGAAAAAGAAAACAAUUUUUUUUACUAUUCUUUUUGCUUCCUCUCCGUAUAUUUCAUCUUUUCUUUUUCUAUUCUUGCAAUGAUUGUUAUUAUCACACAUCAUGAUAAGCAGGAAAAAAAAUGUAAAACCAAGAUGAGCAUUGAGAGUAUAUAUGUUAAUAUCACACAAUAUAAUAGAACUAAUUUUAUUGCAUGAGAAGACCUUUAGGAUGUUGGAGCUGUGGCCUAGAGCCGCAAACAGGUUCUUUGUUUGGUACUUUAAUUAAAUGAGCUACAGUAACUCAUUUUGUGAAUUAAUAUGAUGUUAUCAGAGUUGCCAAACAUAAGUAUAACAUAAUUAAAACAAUUUAUAAUUUAUAUAUAUAUAUUAUAGAAGUACUUAAAAAAGGACCAACCUUCUAAAGUUACGCCAAAAUAGUGAAGAUGGAAACAAAUGUCUAAAUCGACUGGGGUGUAAGUUUCUUUGUGUUAGCUAUUUUGGGCUACAUUUUGCACACUGGUUCUAAAGUCAACACAACUUGCUAUUUAGUGAAUUAUGGUAGCCUUUAUUUAUGGAUUUUUGCAUUACAUUUCUUUGCGAUGUCAAAUUGAGACAGAAAGGCUAAAUCAUUUUAAAUGGAAGAAAAAAACAUAAAUAUAUUUUAUCUUCUUAAAGGCUUAAUAUAAAUAAUGUAAUAUCAGUUUGAUUGUUCUCAUUAAUUCCAAGAAUCACAUCCUUUCUCCAACUGUCUGUUUAGGUUCGGGUUAUGCUAGAUUUGUGCAACACUACAAAAGGAAUUUGUCUAACAGGUAUGUCUAAAUGUUUACUGCGUGUCCUACUUUUAUUCUGUUACAAGCAUACAAAAUUAAAUCAAAAAAUUCCGCUUAAGGUUUACUGCACUCUUUGAGAAAAGAUGAGCUACAAAAUCCUUGUUUCCUGGAAGAACCAGAGUAUAUAUUUGAUGUGUGCUAUGAAUACUGGAGUAUUUAACAGUAGUUUUAUCUCAUUAAUGCAUAAAUAUGCUGCUACUUCUGUAAUGUAAUGUGAAUUAAAUGCCUUAAAAUAACACACUUUUUCUUUAUUAGACGUGUUGCGUUUAAAAACAAAAAUACUAUCCCCUGUAUUUACAUUAAUUCCAGCUCCAGUAAUGUCUCCCUGCUGCAGCCCUAUGCUCCUCCAUUGUGUCAUGAAAAUAGAUAACUUUUAUCCAGUUAGAUGCUUCUCAUAGAGCAACACUGAGGACACAUGGAGCAUGUGUAGCAAUCUCCACAAACCACCAAUCCAGUGUCUCUUCCGAUAGAGAAGCAUUAGAUGCACACAUUUCAGAGCCUCUAGAGCAGGGUUUGGCAACCUUUGGCACUCCAGAUGUUGUGGACUACAUCCACCAUAAUGCUAUUACACCCAUAAUGCUGGCAAAGCAUCAUGGGAGGUGUAGUCCAAAACAUCUCGAGUGCCGAAGGUUGCCUGUGCCUGCUCUAGAGAAUCUGUUUCAGUCCAGAGCCGUUAACAAAAUGUAAAUAAUGUUGUUUAAAAAUGCACUGUUUUAAUUUAAAAGAUUGGAGAGGCAGUAUCUAUGGCCCAAAAUUACUUCAUUAAGAUGUCUCACUAGAGUGCCCACAUCAACGUUUUGCAUAGCACGAAGUAUACAUCUCUUUAUUGUCCAUCCUUAAUUGGCCAGGUGAAGGAAGGUAGAAAUCAAAUUUUCAUAUAUUUCGCAAUCCCUUAUUACCAGGGAAAAAAAUCUUAAACAAAAACAGCAUUUAUUCUUUCCUAUAAUGGUUACCAAUAAAUAAAGAGAUUAAUAAUAUUUUUUUUUCUUUACAGGACCACCUGGACCUCCAGGUAUGAAAUUCUAUUAUUUAAGUCUUGUAAACCUAAUUUUAUUUCAACAUUCAUUACAAUUUCCACACAGAUUCCAUUUGUAAAUGUGGUCUAAAUUAUGUUUCCUGCAAUCUUUUUUUUUUUUUUUGUAAUUCUUUAAUUUUGGUGCAUAUACGAAAGUACAAGCUGACAUGUAUUGCCACAACAGCAAAAUCAGACCUCUGCAGGCAUGUUAAAUCAACACAUUGUCAUGGCAUAAGAUUGGACUGCACAUUUUUUGUUAUAGUAAUAAUGUUCAUUUUGUUUAGUUAUAUUUAACAGAGCUAUUGAACUUAAUAAAAACAGUAAUUAACAGGUUUUUUCAGGCUAGUCUCGCUUAUCCGUCAGGGUACUUCUACUGGAUCAGAUACUGUGCAAUCUAUACUGUCAGUGACAGGUAGUUAAAUGACAGAAAGUAGGACAUGCAUGUACGGGGCUGAACAGACCGGUUGUAGGCGCUUACGACAAGGUAUGAUACCUGUCAAUAGGGAAUCAACUGAGAGAUAAUACGUGCACUUUGCUUCCUGACAGCAGGCAUGAGAAAAGGAAAUGAAAACAAAAAAGCAAAUCAAAGUUAAAGUAGGUUUGGUGACAAAGGCAAGUAUGCUAAGCAAAGUGGCAUGACUAGUGUUUGCAUAAAAACUGAGGAAAACAUGCCACAGUGAAUAAAGAACCCUGGGCCCCCGAACAGAGACUCUCAUUCCAGUGGAAAGGUGAACGUGACCCUGAUAAUUACUACUCAGGAGUCAGAGAGGAGGCAACCCCAGUCCUCAUGCAGAGAGCAGCCAACUCCCAUCACUGGCAGGACACAGGAUAUGUGCAGAGACUUCGUAGUGAUCCGCAGCUAUCGGGGCUUCAUGGGACCAUACAAGCUUGCAGCCUGAUUACCUCGGGAACCGCUUUGCCAUUUAGAUGAUCUCUGCACAAAGUCCUCAAUGUCGAUUGGUAGGAUCCCAAGCCGGGUCUCAGGAUAGGUAAGUUGCUCAGAUGAUAUCGUCCAGAGUUGCCCGCUGUGAGCAUCAAGAGCCCUGAGGGGGGGUCACCUUCUCCACAGAGUGCCGGUUAUUUUAUUAAGACCUAUCAAUUCCCAUCAUAACUUUAAUCUUAACUUCUACUAUGACAUUAACCUGGAAACAAUUGACGUCAGACUAUUUACAUUAUUUAAUAUAAAUAUGGUUGCUCCUUAUAUAUUGGUGAUCUGUGGAACAUAUAUAAUGAUAUAAUGUACACAGAUCUGGAAUAGAUUUUCUUGUAAUUUUUAGCCUUCCUAAAAAAUGGCUAAUUUUAGUACCAAGUUGUUUGUGAUCUACAUAUCCCAUAAACAAUUUUUGCUUCAAGUUAGAUAUGCAUUUUGGGAAAUAUAGCUCACGGACAUCUGAGUGUCAGGGUUAGUCAUCACUGCUUUAGGACUAGCUGCACUAUAUAAUGUCAUAUAACAUUUGACUCAAGGAUCCCAUUGCUGGUCUAUCAUGACUAGCUACAAUUAACUCUGUUUUGACAUUUGGCCAAGAACUUUGCCAGAAGCUCCAGGAACACUCUGGGCACCAACAUAACAAGUGUAUUUGAUAGAUUUUGGCCUCAUGUUCAUGCUGUAUUUUUCUCCUACAUUCAAAUCUCUUCCUAAAAAAAAGUAUUUACGGUUUUCUGCAGUGUAACCCGAAACUCUUAGCUAUAUCCCCUAAAGUAACAUCGUUAUUAGACAUACUCUGGGUCUCAACAAAUGAGAGAUUUGUUUAAACUGAACUACUGACAUCACUCUGCCCCACAGCAAAUCAAUGUCCUCUUAUUAUCUACCACAUUUCCCUUAGUCAUUGAAAGACAUAUAAGAAGAGGACAUUUUGGAUGUGGGGAAAAAGGGGGUUUAGUCAACCCUGUCGGCAGGUCAGCUCACACCAAUCUUUUAUUGGCUUAGACACACUGUUACUGUUUACCUUCCAUUAAGGAAGACAUUCUUAAAAAAAGGGAAGCUGUGGCUAAGGUGGCAGGAUUACUCUGCCAAAAGCUUUAAAACAUUUUUUUUAAAGAAAAUUUAAAGAGUUUUGAACAGGGAGAAAAAUACAUUGGGAGAAAAAAAAUCCUUUUUGGAAUAUACAUUAAUUCUAAUUGAGAUAUUUAUCAAAGUACCUAAUAACUCUCUUGGGUCACCAGAUUCCAUAAUUCCAUAAAAUGAAAAGAACAUUGUCUGGUAGUUAAUCUUCUGUAGACGUGAUUGCAGCUUUACAUAAGUAUUCAUAUUUUUAUUUCAUAUAUUUAUAUAGGGCUUCCUGGGAUCGAUGGGAUUGAUGGAUUACCAGGGUAUAACGGCUCAGAUGGCUUGCCUGGUAUACCAGGGCUGAAAGGAGACCAAGGAGAGAAAGGAAGGAGAGGAAAAAUGGGUAAUAUAUUACAAAUCCAUAGAAAAUUCAUCAGAAUCAUGUUUAACCCCUUAAAAAGAUAUUCUUUCAUACACUAAAGAUCAGUCAUAGGCAACCUUCGGCACUCCAGAUGUUUUGGACUACACCUUCCAUGAUGCUUUGCCAGCAUUAUGGGUGUAAGAGCAUGUUGUCCACAAUAUUUGGAGUGCAGAAGGUUGCCUAUCCCUGCUAUAGAUCAACCACACACAAAACACCACAAGUCUUAUAUAUAUUAGACUUGUUUAUAUACAUUUAAGUAUUAUAUUACAAGAUUAUGGAUACAGUCUUAGAUAGAAGCAUAAUGUGCAUUUAGUAGGUACGUCAAUGGUUUGAAUGCAUGGCUAAACACACCUCUAGUCUUCCUGACAGCUACCGUAGGUGCUUCUGCACUCAUUACUGAGAUUGACUCGGGUUUUGUAAUGUUCAAAGCAUUUGAUUGGAUGCUUGCGUCAGUCGCUGCACAUGUACUUCUUGUCUCAAGGCAAUGAAACAACACCUGCCAUAUGAUAUUGCUGGAAGAGGAGCUAGAGGCAGCACUGAGUGAGUCUGAGCGCAGGAAAAAAGAGAAGUAAAAACCAUUAUUCCUUUUUUUUAUAUGUUGGGUGGAAGGCUCUUGUCCAAAUAUUGAGGAGACAUGAUAGCAUUAGGAAUAAAUGUUUAUAUACAAUAAUUUUGUUUGAAACAUACACUAGUACCAGGCUCCCAUAGCAACAAAAUGUCCAAAAUGAUCGGGUCUAUAUCAAAAUCGCAAGAAUGAUACACGAAAAUACAAAUUUUCAUGCAGCUGAUGUUUCCAAACACUCAGUGGUAGAAGAAUAGCUGUUUAGAUCCACGUUUAUUUUUGCCCGACUACAAAACCUGAAUGGUCCAAACUAAUGAAAAAUGUUCUUUAGUUAAAUGAGUACUGUAUUUGUACUGCCAAAAAUAGGGAUUGCAAUAGCAAUCAUUUUCAUUGUAUAUUAUGGGGGAAUCAUCCAAUAAGUUAUGCUUAUUUCUUUGUUAGGGUACAGAAGCGCACUACUGAUCAUGAAUAAGGAAAAAGUUACAAUGCUCGAAAUUAGUCAUCUGGUCUAUUAUUAUCUUUAUUUUAUUUAUUUGCUAAAUUUCAGCAAAAUAAUUCCUCCUUUCCCAAUAUGUAGAAAGCAUUAUUAAAGUAGAUUAGCACUGCUAGUUCUAGGGAUAUUACGGAGAUAUUUUCUCUUACAUACCAAGCCAAACUGUUCAAGUAAAAAAUAGAUCUACGCCUAAACUUACACUCAUUAUAGGUGGGUAUAUAUCUAGAAAAAUGUCUCAUGCCAAAUAAUUUUAGGGUGUUUGUCCAUGUCCAUUUACAAUUUUAGUAUUUGAAUAUAUAGUUUUUUUGUUUGUUUUUUAACAAAUUGCCCCAUAUGUGAUCUUUAAAAUCUCUAUUGUACAGGAGAUCCAGGAAUAAAGGGAGAACCAGGAGAGAGGGGAGAAAAGGGAGACUCUGGUGAAUUUGGUCCCCCUGGCAAAGAUGGCAUGGCAGGCAUGACGGGUGAAAAGGGAGAUAAAGGAGACAAGGGAGAUCCAUCCAAUGAUGUAAUUAUUGAAGGUGGGAUAAAUUUACCAAAAACUUUUUUUUAAUUUUUUUUAUGAAUAUUGUAUCUGUUUAUUGGUUAUAAUAAAAUACACAGAACCGUACAGAAUCAGAAUGAAACCAUUUUCAUUAAAAUAAAUAAUUAAAACAUUUUACGCUUAAAAUAAAGAUAAAAAUAAGGACGUUCUCUCUAUAGAAACAGUGAAACGUAAAGUAAAUGAUACUAAAAAAAUGGAGAGGCUUUCUGCACUUGUUCACGACAUCACAAAACACUUCAAUAAAAUAUGGGACAUUUGGCUAUUUGAAUUCCCACUCCUCACAUAGUAAGACUCUUUGCGGAACAGUAACAUGGGCAGGUCACCAGGGAAGCCUUCUUCAUUGCCCCCUUCCCUUUUUUCCCUAACCCCCUCUUCCUCUCCCCUUCGUUCUACUGGCAUUGGCAAUUGAUACCCAAUCAUGAACACACAGGUGACUAUGGACGACCACGAUAACUCACCAUUCACCUCUCACAUAAAAGGGGCCAAAAACACAACCUCUACCCAUGGGUCUGUAGAGAUAGAUACUGCAACAGACCCCUCAGGCAACAUGACCGGUUACCUCCAUUACAGGGACCGCUUCCUAGCUGGAACAGGGGAACCGAUAGGGGAACUAGCUCUCAGUCCUUACAAGGACUUUCCCCGCUGCAUCUUCCCGCAGCUGUUACAAGCUGGCCCAGGGAUUAACCCUUUCUCCCCCCCAGGGCCCUGCCUAGGCUAAUUCGUUUUGUUUCUGGGCUUCUGGACGGCUGCCAGGGCCUCGCUCUGGAACCAGGGGUAUUAUUAAUUUCCAGAUUAUCAGGUUUGAGCAGAGUCUAACUGCCCUCAGGCCCGCACCUCUGACCUUAUUCGUUUCUGGGACCCUGCACGGCUGCCAGGACCCCGCUUGUGUACCAUGGGUGAGCAGAGGCUGCCUUCCCUCUGCCCGGAGGCCCGCACCUCCACAUCAAGUCAUGUUCCAGACCCUGCAAGACAGCCAGGGUCGGGAACCAGGGGAAGGGGAGAGCAGAGGUUGGCUGCGCUCUGCUCGGAUGCAUCCUUAAGGAAGGAGUAGCGGCGGCCGAAGCUUCGCCUGCUACCCGCUGUCCAGACCAUAGCAGGUUGCUGGGGUCAGCCUCAGGAAGAGUCGGGAAACCCAACUGGUGAUGGAAGUCUCAUCCACUACACCAGCAGUACCAGUGAUUAUCUCUCCCGAUAACUCACACUGCCGCUGGGGAAAAAGACUGAUUGUCUCCGUUCCCUGGACUUCACACUGCUGCUGGGGAAUGAGACCGGUUGUUUCUGUUCCCUGGACCUCACACUGCUGCUUUGGAGGAAGGACGGAACACUCCUGGACCUCACACUGCCGGACGAAACUCGACCAGCUAUACAGGCAAACAUAGUCUCGCUCAAGUUCCCACUCCAAGGUAGCCAGGAAAGUCAGGUCUGGCUGCAGCUCUGCUAUCUUGGUAAGGUCGAAGCUGCCUUCUCGAUGCUCUUUGGAUGUGCCAGAAGCAGGAACCAUCUGGGUCUCCGAACGCCAUAUCCUCAAAAGCCUCCCACAGCAGACCAGGGCCAUCGUAGUUCUCUCCCUCAAUGCCCUCAGGCCAGUUCAACCAUGCAUGCCACUUCAGGGCCUGGUAAGAUUCAUCCAACUGCACUUCGAUCUCGACCAGCCUCUCCAGUUCUAUCACCCAUUCCUCUAAGGGCUGGUCUCCCAGGUACGGCAUCCGCAGCUCUAGUUGCUCCCAAUGGCGCUGGUCGGUGACCGGAAGUUCCUCGCACCGGGAAUGGUCGUGUUUCAUCGAGGUCUUCCUUCUAGAGAUUGGUCCGGAGCGCCAUCCUCCAUUCUGGUAUGCUCAAACAUCCUGUAACCUCUGCUGAAGCCUUUCGUCGAAGUGGGAUACUAUCCGACGGUACAGGCCCUCCAUAUCCCCACUGCCCAUAGGUGGGUUUCCCCAUGGCUAGGAAGCCAUCCCAUUACUUGCCACCACUUGUAAUGGACCCCUCUGGCAACCCAACCGGUUACCUUUGUUACAGGGACCACAUCCAAGCUGGUACAGGGGAACAAGGACUUUCCCCGCUGCAACUUCCACCAGCUGCGACAAGCUAGCCCAGGGUUAACCCAUCCCCCCCUCCCCCUGUAACUGGACAACACCUUGUUCUGGAGGUACAACUUUCUGACAAUCUUCAUUAAAACACACAGCAUUUAUGCAUAGCCCCACUGGGUUUCCAACACAACAUUACAUGGUCAUCCCUCCCAUGAUCCUCUGAGUCUGAAAUGGGGUUAAUUGAUUGCAUGGAAUGUCCUAGCUUACAACCCCAGUUCCUCUUUGAAGCUUGGACUCCAGCAAAGCUAUUCUGUAGGGUAUGGGAAGUCACACAGCAGUGUCCUGGAAAGUGAGCUCAUAUCUGCCAUAUGUCUUGCUUGCCUCUAAGAUAGGAAGUCUUUUGAUAUGGUAAUAAUCAAGACUUCCAGAAACAGGAGACCCGUGAUUCAAUAUUAUAUCCAAAAGAGACAUUUGCUUAACCCAAUUAUCCUCCAGGCACUAGAGUUACAGAUCACAAAACAUAAACUAUUAAAUAUACAUCCCACAUAUAGGAAUCCCAAAAAGAAACCAGGAAAAUCACACAAACCAAGCCUUUUCACAUGUUUUUUACAGGGCCCAUAUGUAGGCAUGGCACUCAGUGAUGGCGUUUCGUCACAGAUACCUACCCCUCCCCUGAGUUAACAGACCUGACUAUUGAGAUGGGUGGAAAUCUGGAAAAUACAUUUGUUCUCUGACAUAUAAUAUGCCUACCCAACUUCGCUGAGCUAUGGAGAACCAAUGUACUACUUUCACAGUUGCAAAGUUCCCCAGUUUCCAGUGUUGUACAGUCUUAAUUUGCUCACCUGUAUGUAAACACCAGUACAAUCUGUUGUACAAUGUUCCCACUCAUGUGUAUAACUAUCACUUUUAACCUUAAAGUCCCUUUUCAUUAUGUAACUCUUCUCUCGAAAAAAAACAAAAAAUACCAAAAAUAAAGAAUUUGUAAAAAAAAUUAACUGUCCUCAAAACAAAACACUAAGCCUUCAGUGAAUACUAUUCUAGCAACCUACUUUUCUACCCUACCCUUACCUUUUGUGCCACUUUACCCCACUCCCUCUCGCAUGUAAGCUCAUUGAGCAGGGCCCUCAACCCCUCUGUUCCUAUGCGUCAAACUUGUCUGGUUACAAAUACAUGUCUGUUAGUCCACCCAUUGUACAGGACUGCAGAAUUUGUUGCCGCUAUAUAAAUAAUAAUAUGUGCAUUCCUUAAUAGUAUUGAUUACAGAUUCAUAGCUGAGGUCUUUGAGCUGUUGGAUUAUGGAGUUGACAUUUCCAACCCUCAAUUCACACUGAAUCUAUACUCCUAUUUAGAGAUAGAUUAGAGAUGGCAGCAUGGAGACCUAAACGGAAAAGGCUGACAUGUUUAUUUCCUUAGGGGUAAAUGUAGAAGGUGGAGAUCAAAAAUAUCUAAAUGUGGCUGCUCUAAAACAAGUGUUAGCCAUAAUUCUUGCCAAGUUAGCAGCAUGAAAACAGAUUGCUAUAUAUCCUGUUGCUUUAUAAACGAGUCACCGUGUAUUCUAGGUAUGAAAGGAGAGAUGGGUCCCCCUGGUCCACCAGGCCCCCCUGGUCCGCCGGGACCUGAAGUACCUGUAGGAAGAAAAAAAGCAAAGUUGCAACAAAAGACCCCGCAGGACCCAAAUAAAUGCACUGGUAAGUAACUUGUUCAUUUUGUGCAUAUUUAAUUUUUAUUAUAAACUAUUAUUUUAGUAUAUGUGUGUCCGUAACAUGAACAAUGAUAAGAUAAAAAGAUGUUUGCCCCAGGGGUCCAAACGAUAAGGCACUGGACAUGGGUUCGGGCCCCUUCUGAAGUGUUUUCACCUUCCUGAGGUCCUAGAUGGUAAAAGUGAAGCACCUCUGAAAAGUCUAGGUUGUAUAGAUGUAACAGUGGAAUCUUGCAAAAGAUUCAAAAUCCACAACACCAUAAACUAUCCCCUCUUAUAAUACUAAAUUACUCAAACCCGCACUUGUACUGUUAGACUGAAAUAUGGAAAUUCAAACUGUAAACUUUAGCUUUCACUAAAACACCUCAACAAUUCACUGUGCUGCUUUCAGCUAAAUCACAAUCUAAUGAGACAAUCACAAUCUCUAAUGAGACGGAAAGAGAUUACAAAGUAUAUGAGACAAAUACAGCAAUUAUACGUUUAUACAAAAAUUACCAAAUGCUCUUCAAUCUCUUAACCUCCACAUUACCAGCUAAUUUACUUAUAUACCUAAAUAAUGUAAUGGGGUAAAAACAGGGUGUCCUAGUGUACCUUCAGCAAUUUAUAUUUGAAAUUUGUCAGCAGACAGCUUCGUUAUGGUUUUUGAGGCAACAGACGGGCGGACACAGCGGUUUCUGAGAUUCUGAAAAUCCCAUGUAUUACAGAAACAAAGAUGUAACUGUAGAACUGUAGAAAGAACAGACAGAUUGUGUGAUAUGUGUGAAUUUUCACCUCCUUUAUUGAAUACAUAUGACAGGAUUAGAUUUUAUUAGUAUAUCCUUUUUUAGGAUUUCUUAAAAAUUGAACUGUCUACUGUUUAAUUAUUAGCACAAUUCAAAGUAUGUUUUAUUUAUUUAUAAAAUAUUUUACCAGGAAAGAUACAUUGAGAUUUCUCUCGUUUUCAAGUAUGUCCUGGUAUAAUCAAGCCAGUGCCAUAGAUAUAUAUAGAUAUAUCACAUCUUAGUGUCCACACCUUUAUCAGUUAUAAACUUAUAUCAUUCAAAAAUGCUAAUUAAAAUUAUCGGACAUAUAGAAUAACCUGGUUCUUAAAAUAAAACAUAAAACAGAGAAUAUGAGAACUCUGAGAAUUGAGAAAAGCUUAGAGAAACUCAGUAGCUUGCCCUUUGGUAAAUCUCUGCUCAGGUCUCAAAACAGCUUUUGCUCACAGACCAGAACUGAAAUGAUGGCAAGUUUUCAGAGUUCUCAUAUUCUACGUUUUUGUUGCAAUGCAUUUGCUUGGGUUCUCACUAAGCUAAAACAGUAAUAUAGAUGUAGACCUCAUGCUCACAGUGCUUAGAAGGGUGUCCUUGCUGAGAAGGCCUAAAGGAGGCUGUAACGAACCUCUGGGUUUGCUGUAUCUCUCAUGCAAGGGAUCUUUCUGGCAUUUCGGUUCUGGAGUGCCCUUAUGGGUGGAAUCAGUCUGAUAUGCAAAUGGUAUAGGUUCCCUUUGUAAUGGCACAAGUAAGCAACCAUGUUGAGUUGAGAGCGACGACUUCCUGAAGGGCAAGCUAUUGAGUUUUGUGUUAAUUUUGGCGGCAAAUUUCAGUUUAGUUUUAGCCAUAGUCUUUUGACUUAAAAGUCAUUUUAGUUUUAGUCGUAUUUUAGUCAUCUGAAUUGUUUUAGUUUUCCAAUAGAUUUUAGUCGAAUAAAUCUCCAGUAGUCUCUUUAGCCCCUUUCCCUGUCCCUCUCUGCAGUGUUAAUUUUGGCGGCAAUUUAGUUUUAGUCAUAGUCUUUUGACUAAAAAGCCAUUUUAGUUUUAAUCAUAUUUUAGUCAUCUGAAUUGUUUUAGUUUUAGUCAACUAAAUCUAAAAAAUUUUAGUCAACUAAAUUUGACUAAAAUUGUUAGUUGACAAAAUGAACACUGAUUGAGUUUCUCUAAGCUUUUGCCCCUUCACAGAGAUCUCAUAUUCUCAGUUUUUGUUGCAAAAUAUAACAAAGUAGGCAAACAAAGGGUUACUAUUACUACUGUGUAUAUGUUUAUAUGAACGAUAUCAAGAUACACUCCCUAAACCCAAAUACACACAGAUCAUUGAUGUUAGGCUGCUGUCACUGUCCUUGACUCUUCCACUCAAACAGAUAACGUCUUAAAAGAAACCAUUUUUUUUAUUUUUUUCAUUGCAUUGCUCAGAGUACAGCUAACCAUAACAAGACUUAUACCAGUGAAUAAAAUUGUGAAAAUAAAUCUAAAAUAAAAUAAAAAGCAAUAAAAAAUAAUAAAAAAAUAAUAUAUAUAUAUAUAUAUAUAUAUAUAUAUAUAUAUAAAGGCAAAGUAAAAGUAUAAAUGAGUAAUUGUGUUCUCUAUGAAUGAAACAGAAAUUAAAUUAAAAAAUAAAUAUUACCCUGGCAUAUAUUCUAUAAUAUAUUUUUACAUUUGUAAGUAUAAUAGGCUUAUAAUGGUACAAUCAUUUCCCGGCAUCCUAAUAUCUAAAUAUUUGUGCAGAAAACACAUGGGAUAGGGCUGGUGCACAUUUCUUAUGAUUAUAAUAAUAUAUAAUAAUCUAUUUAUUAAUCAUUUUCUAAUAUAUGGAAAAAUUAGAGCCACCUAUUAAACAUUUCCUACCUUGAUAUUCACUAUAACCUAUAGUUCACUAAACAAAUACAGCUUACACAAUACUGUUUUACGGGGUAUUAAAUCUCAAAUAAAGGUUAAAUUCAAUAAACAAGCAUUAUUUAAAAGGAGGGUGUUUGACCAUUACAUAGCAAGUACUACCAACCCUGAAUUAACAGAUAUUCUUGAGUCUACAAUCCUGGGCAUCAUGUACUGGUUUAAAAUUGAAUUUUCUAAAUCUCCAGGCAUUACCGCAAGCAAAAUAAAAAGUCACCAGGACCUCCUAAAUAUUGCUCUAGGCCUUUAUUUACCACAACGCAACCUCUAUUUAAACUCGCCAAAUUAACUUAUGGUUAAAAACAUCAAAUGGCCAUUUUUAAAUUUGUUAGACAUUUUAAAGUAUUUGUAUAUGGUAUAGAUGGCAACAAAUGCUCAAUAGUCAUACCAUGCUAACUAGGUCAUUAUUGAUUUGGUCAACAAAUAAUUUUAUUUACAAAUGAUUUUUACCACAUUUUAGGUGAGCUGUGUACAGUAGCAAAUGAUGACACCAUGGUUGGAAAAUCAAAUGAGAAAAACAACGCACAGCCUUUGAAACAAGGAGGUAAAAAUACCGACUGAUGCAUGUCUAAGAUAUUUGAGAAGAUACAUGUUGAGUUGACAUAAGUUCUCUUCACUUCUAGACUGCACUAUAAAAGCAAUAGAUAAUCCAACUCACAUUGCCAAAGUGAAAGAUACAUUUGGAGCAUGGAUGAUGGACUCUUCAAACAGGAGUGAUGAUAGGAUUUGGAUUGCCGGGCAUUUUUCAGGUAACGUGCUGUUGAAUUUAUAGCCCAAUAGAUUGAGAUAUUCUGACGUUUUCUUAUGAGAUAAUGAAGUGGUGUAAAACAGACAUUUGCAUAGUAAUCUAAGUUAAAAACAUUAAGAUGUUGUCUGUUGAAUAGCUUAGAGCCUAUCUAGAGAUGUGCUUUCUGGAGUUUUGUGGAGAAAUCACAAUUUCAUAUCUUAUACAUAUCAUCAUGGUAACAGUUGUUAGUGAGAAAUAAACAUCCCAUUGUUAUGAAACUAUCACUUUUAGCAUUAUUGGAUCAAUAAGAUUGUACUCUUUUGUUUUGUUAAGAUCACAAGUUUUGGCGAUCACAACUCAGUCGAAGAGAAGUUAUCAGAACCUUACCAUUGAAAACGUAGUGGUUUCAACACUCAAAGGACUUGUUCAUGCUUUUAAUACAUAUAAACAAUACACAACAUAGUCCUAACUGUGUGGCAUGAGCAGAAUAAACACCUUAAGGAAAGGCAAACAGUGUCCCUACACAAUAAUAAUAAGAAUAUGUUUGUGUGCAUUUCUUAAUAGUAUUGAUUACAGAUUCAUAGCUGAGGUCUUUGAGUUGUUCGAUUUCACAAUAAACCAUGCAACAUUUGUUUUUCUAGUAAUGUAAUGUAGCAGGGUUACUUAUUAUUAUUAUUAUUAUGAUAUUUAAGGAGCGUCGUCAAAUUCCGCAGCGCUUUACAAUGGGUGGACGAACAGACAUGUAGUUGUAACCAGACAAGUUGGACACACAGGAACAGAGGGGUUGAGGGCCCUGCUCAAUGAGCUUACAUGCUAGGGGGAGUGGGGUAAAAUGACACAAAAAGGUAAGGAUAUUAUUAGACUAGUGACAGUUGCAGAAGAGGAAUCAGUCAGGAGCUAUUAACAGUUUAAUUGAUACGCUUUUAUGAAGAAGUGGGUUUUUAACGAUUUUUUUGAAGGAGUGGAGACUGGUUGAGCAUCUAACAGAGAAGGGAAGCGAGUUCGACAGGAAUGGUGCAGCCCUUGAGAAAUCUUGAAGGCGAGCAUCAGAGGUGGGAGUACGGACAGAAGAUAGACGUAAGUCUUCAGCAGAUCGUAAGACCUAGAUGGGACAUACUUGUGUAUAAGGGAGGAUAGAUAGGUGGAAGCAGCAUUAUGUAGAGAUUUGAAAGCAAGAACCAGAAUUUUAAAUUGAGCUCUAUAUUUUAUAGGAAGCCAAUGUAGGGACUAACAAAAGGGUGAGGCAUGGGAGAUGCGGGCGGACAGGAAGAUGAGCCUCGCCGCCGCAUUCAUUAUGGACUGUAACGGCGCAAGUUGGGAGCACGUAAGACCACUGAGAAGCGGAUUACAGUAGUCAAGGCGAGAAAGGACAGUGGAAUGGACCAACACCUUAGUAGCAUCUGGCGUUAAGUAGGGGCGGAUGCGCGCAAUAUUUUUGAGAUGGAAAUUACAGGAUUUGGCGAUAGAUUGAACAUGAGGCUUGAAGGAGAGGUCGGAGUCAAAAAGAACACCUAGGCAGCGAGCCUGCGUGGUGGAGCUGAUGGUAGCACUGUUGACUUGGAGGGAGACAGACACAGGAGUAACAACACUUGAGGGAGGAAAGACCAGAAUUUCAGUUUUGGUCAAGUUUAGUUUAAGGAAGUGGGCAGCCAUCCAGUUAGAAACAGCAGAGAGGCAGUCAGAGACACUAGCCAAGAGGGACGGGGAGAGAUCAGGAGAGGACAGGUAGAUUUGCGUGUCAUCUGCAUAGAAAUGAUAUUGGAAACCAAAGGAGCUAAUGAGUUUACCAAGGGAGGCAGUAUAGAUGGAGAACAAUAGGGGACCAAGGACUGAACCUUGGGGGACACCAACAGAGAGGAGUUGGGGAGAAGAAGCAGAGCCGGAGAAAGAAACACUGAAAGAGCGCUGGGAGAGGUAGGAGGAGCACCAGGAGAGAGCAAUAUCUUGUAGACCAAUAUUGCGGAGGAUGAGAAGAAGCUGUUGAUGAUCAACAGUGUCAAAAGCCGCAGACAGGGCAAGGAGAAUUAGGAUAGAGUAGUGACCACGAGAUUUUGCAGCGAGUAGAUCAUUGGAUACUUUGGUCAGUGCAGUUUCCACAGAGUGCUUAGCGCGGAAACCAGACUGAAGCGGGUCUAGCAGAGUUGGACUCGAGGAAGUCUGUCAAUCUCACAUACACAAUUGUUUCAAGGAUCUUGGAUGCAAAAGGCAGUAGCGAGAUAGGACGAUAGUUGGAUGGGGAGAUAGGGUCAAGAUUGGGCUUCUUUAGAAUUGGGGUUACAGUUGCAUGUUUGAAGGGUAAUGGAAAUAUACCAGAGGAGAGAGAGAGAUUGAGAAUUUUAGUGAGAGGUGGAGAAAGAGAAGAAGACAGAGUACAGAUGAGAUGCGAGGGAAUUACUUGAAGUAAUCAUGCUGCUUGGACUAUGUGUGUGUACAGUUUGAGUAUGAAAUGCUUCACAUACAAAGAUAUUUAAGGAUGCUGCCAAUUCUGUGAAUAUUGCAAUGCACAAAAAGUCAUUAAUUGGCUGAGACCACCCAUCUGUCAUUAUCAGCCAAUGAAUGACCUAUGGGAUUGGCAUACAGCUUUGGUAGCUCUGAAGAAGCCAGAUCACCUGAGAGAGACCAAGGUAAGAGGGCAGAAUAUUGCAAAACAGUUUGUCCCGUUAGCAGGGAACAGGUCCAGGGUACUUCUCACAUCAACACCACUGCAGUAGUCUAUAUACACCUUUCACUGACUAGCUAGAUCAAUACACUUGGCUCUCUGUAACCAUCAAGCUGUGAUCAAUAACCCCCUCAAACCUAUAAUUAAAAAAAAAAAAAAAAAAACCAUAGGCUCAAUUUUUUUCUCUUUAACCUAUAUUGUUCUGUCGUCUUACCUUACAUUACAUUUGCAUUAUAAAUUAUUAAAUCAUGGUUUAUAAACAGUUUUAAUGCAAUCACAUUUGAAAAUGUACAUUUCUGGCAAGAAAAAAAAAAAAAAGGUUUGUGAAGUUUGGGAUGUGAUGGCUUUGAUAAAUGCCAGACGGUAUGUCAGAACAUUCAGUUCCAGAAAAACCAGUAAUCUACUGGCGAACUGUAAAUUAGGUCAUUGUCACCUGCAUGACCACAUUCUACUUCAGCUGGAUGCUCAACUAGUAGAGUAUCUGAAACUUCCAUUCUCUCUUGACAGAAUGUCCAAACUUGGCCAACGUUGGGCAUCCCUAGGUUAAUCUAAAAUAUUCUCCUUGUAUAUCUGUCAGGAAAGCAGUGAGAGAUUAAUUGAUGUCCCACUCACAACAGACACAAGUACAUUUCAUAUUAACAGAUGUAUUUGUCAGUAAACACAUCUGUGUACCAUAUCAAAUAUACUUUUGUAAAGCAAUUAUAUCCUGAAGACUCUACCAGAGAGACUUACCCUGUACAAGUAUAAAUUAAUAUGCAAUAUCAUACCUUUCUAUAAUCCUUACCAAAUCAUUAUGCCUAGACAGCUAGCAGCUAUAUACAAGGUCACGUCACUUGAUUAAACAAUGAAAGCUGAAAAAUACAUUAUAAAAGAGAUUUCUUUUCUGAUACAACAUUUUUUAAUGGUUUAACGAUAAUGGAAUUCCAAAAGACAAACUCCAGCUUUAUUUGCCCUAAAACAUGCAAUCUCCUUCUCAAUUCUCACCGAUUUGCAGUGAAUAAACACCAACAAUUAGUCACAAGGUUUUUCCAACCAGGAUUUAAGUUUAUUAAAUAUCAAUGUUCCAUUUUAUAUGCUUCAUUUGGGAUUUUUUUUCUCCCAUUUCAGCUUUUGAAUGAACUAUUUGCUAUGUAUCUCUCAACAGGUCUUAUUCUGAAACAAUAUGAAAAUUUGACAGAGCUUCUGAAUGAUAAUUACAAGUCCAUUAAACUGCGUUGGUUCUAUCAUGGAUGCGGACAUAUAGUUUAUAAUAAAUCACUAUAUUACCACAAAGGAGGAUCUGAUACAAUUGUUAGGUAAUUAUUAUUAUUUUUUUACUGAAAAAAAAAAAAAACAGGAUGAAAAUGAGUUGCCCAAACUGUUUUAAUUAUAACAUUUACGUGAUAAAAAUAUAAUUAACUUCAAAUGUACAAUAUUAUAAACGCCAUGUGAAAUGUAAUAUUUGAUUUUUUUUUCUGUCACAAAUACUACACAUAAUUACAUAUAAUUGAAGCUUACACAAUACUUUUACAUAUUUAGAAGCUUAUCAUUAAGGUAGAUAUGAGUGGGAAGAUGAGUGGGUUGCAUAAAGUGGAAAAUUCAGUAAUAAGCAGAGCAUUAACCAUCUAUCACUUCACAUAUUGUACUAAUAAAAUAAAAUUAAAAAAAAAAACAAAAAAAAAAAAAACAUAUAUUCUCUAUCUUUUCCUGAUAAGACACUAUAUUCCAGGAUGCACUUAACCGGAUUGGCUGCUCUUGUUAAAAGCUUUGUAACUUCUUUUAGAACUGGAACAGAUGGGACAUGGACCCAGGUUUAGAAAAAUGCUGAAAAUGUUUACAGCUUAAUAAUAGGAGGUUAUAUAUAAAGAGUGAUUUGGGAUAUAGUUCGAAAAAUGGAUAACUCAACAUUCUAUUGGUUUCCAUGACGAUUUUUUAAAAACUUUUCUCGACAUGCAUAACAGCCAGUGAGUGUUCACACCAGGUAAGGUAAAAUGUAUCGUACAAAUUCAUGGGGUGUUAACUAAACCAAGAAUCGUACAUUCUAUACCAAAGCAGCUGGAUUGUAAAAAUGCUCAAACUCCGCUAUUUACCUAGCAAACAAAAUCAAUAGUAAAGUUAUUUAACCAUUUUAAAAACUUUACAACCUUUCCCAUUUUUUAUGUUUUAUUGAUUAAAGGGAAACUAUAGUGCCAGGAAAACAGACUUGUUUUCCUGGCACUAUAGCUUGCCCCUUGCCAAGGCCUCCCCCUCCCCUAUUAAGGGGUUAAUAUAAGGUAUGAUAUUGCAUAUUAAUUAUACUUGUACAGGGUAAGUCUCUCUGGUAGAGUCUUCAGGAUAUAAUUACUUUACAAAAGUAUAUUUGAUAUGGUACACAGAUGUGUUUACUGACAAAAACAUCUGUUAAUAUGAAAUGUACUUGUGUCUGUUGUGAGUGGGACAUCAAUUAAUCUCUCACUGCUUUCCUGACAGAUAUACAAGGAGAAUAUUUUAGAUUAAACUAGGGAUGCCCAACAUUGGCCAAGUUUGGACAUUCUGUCAAGAGAGAAUGGAAGUUCCAGAUACUCUUCUGUCACUUACCUGGGUCUAGUGCUAAUGUCCCUGGGCGCUGGCUCAGCUCUGUCCACGCUCCUCCCCCAGCGAUGUAUUUAUUUUGACAUGUGACACUCCAUUUAAUUAAUUAUAUUAUUUCUGAAUGCAAUUGGUAAUCACAGAACAUAUUUUGGUGUGCCGUAGCAACGGGGUGAACAAAUUUGCAACCAACAAACUGUUCAUUAAAGAUAAUUAUAUCACAAUAAAAUUAUUUUGCAACUUCAAGGUUUGAAAAUGAUAAAACCUCAAUAACAUCCAUUUUAAUUCCAGGUUGUAGCCCUAUCAUAAAAUGUAUAAAUGUCCAAGAGGCAGAAUGCUUAUGCAAGGCAUUAUAUUAUGACUAGUUGAGGACUAAAGCCAUUUGGCUCUCUAUGCUGAAGACAUUGACGUUUGGUGAACAGGUUGGGGUGCUCAUUAGAUUAAAAGGAGAGGAGUUGAUCCCAUUUAUUAAAAGUUCAGUCAUUCAGAUUUAUUAGACACCUUUUCCCAGUAUUGACACGAUUGCUUUCUAUGAAGAGAGGUACAGUCCAGUCAACCACAGAAUGUCAGUGCUAAUUUUUCAUCAAACCUAAAGCAAUAGCUCCCUAUAACAGAACUUCCCAACCCAGCCUUCAAUGCCCACCAACAUUCCAGGAUUUAGUCAUUUCUUAAUUCUAUUACAAUGGGGAGAAGUUCAAAACCUGGUCUGUUGGUGUGUCUAGUGAUUACAUGCUGAUUCAAUAAUUAAUGAGGGUGACUCAGGGACUAAUGAAAGUAUUUAGAAAAUUGGGCAGACUAGAUGGCCCGAAUGGUUCUUAUCUGCCAUCACAUUCUAUGUUUCUAUUUGAAGCGGCAUUCCGUGUCUUACAGUUAGUUAUGCAGGGUUUUUAUUGCUCUUACUCACUUACUGCAGUCACUCUGGAAACAUCCCAGUGGGACAGUAUAGCCCAAAAGAGACCUGCGAUUAUGGGUCAUCACCCUUGCACAAAUCCUGCCUUGCGUCCCAGACAUGCGGUACUCUGCUAACAGGCAUCCCAACAUAUCUCCAGUUGCUUUGAGUCAGCAGAAUAAUGGUUCUUCAAGUAUGCAAGCAACAAACCCUAUAUUCCAGACAUAGGAUUUCGAGCAUGAUUGACUAUAAGGUGACUUUAGAUGGUCGCCUUGUGCCAAAAGGUUAGAUGGGGCACUGGAUGUCCCAAACUGGCAACCUGCCUGGGCCAUAUGGCUUCUUAAUUAUUCUUUGUAGGGAGCAUUGCUCCCCUGCUUCCUUGCCAGCCUUCUCAUAGUAAAAAGUCUAAAAGGUAUCAGCUAUUACUGUGUAAUCUACGCUUUCAUUUAUUUAGAAUUUUCAUUUUUUUUACCCUAGGUAUGAACUUGAAACAGAAUCUUUUCAAGUGCUGAGCAUUAAGAAUGCAGCUUAUCACAAUCGUAGCUACCUAUUUUCAAACUCAAAGUCCUACUUCCAUGUAGCAGCAGAUGAAAAAGAUCUUUGGAUCAUCUACUCCUCUGAAGCGGACAAAACCAUAAUGGUAGCUCACUUGGAUGAAAAAACAUUCUCCAUCACCCAACACAUUAACACAACAUACCCAAAAACAAAAGCAGGAAAUGCAUUUAUUAUAUGUGGAAUUCUUUAUGUUACUGAUACAAAAGAUUUACGGGUGACAUUUGCGUUUGACCUCUUAAAAGGUAAACAAGUAGAAGCUAGCUUUGACAUGAGGUCAUCAACAUCAGUUCUGUCUAUGCUUUCCUAUAAUGCUAAAGAUAAGCAUUUGUAUGCAUGGGAAGAAGGAAAUUUAUUGUUGUAUCCUGUGAACUUUAUGUCUAAAACAUAAAAUAUUGUACAUUUUCAAUUACAAACCGAUGACCUACCAAAUCUGCUUAAAAGGGCAGUAAACAUGAAAACCUUUUUAUAUUGAGUAGAUAAAACAAAAUGUGCUGUUUUCUGACAUGUCUACAACAUUCACAAGCUAAGAAAAAUGUUUGCUAAAACAUUUAACAUUAGAACAGAAAUAAAUGUGAAUACUGUUUUGCUAAACACAGAAAACUGUUGUAAAAUUUAAGGGGGAUACUCCAGACACCAUGGCAACAACUAUGAAUCCGACAGAGCAAAAAACAAGAUCAAUUUUUCCUCAAAAAAAUAAAAAUAAAUAAAAGACAAAAUAAAAGUCCAAUUUAACUAAUUAAUUUUCUAUCUUCCAAAAAGCAAGUGAGAGAUCUUGUUUGAAUCUGGUCAAAUGUACAUUUCCCAUAAACCACUCUGCAUUUUGUGCAUUCAAGUGAAUAAUGAGGUUUCAUAUAUUUGACAGUACAAACAGUGUACUCUUCUGAAGAACACCAAACCAAAAAGCAAUGCUUUAAGGGUUCAAGUGUUUUUGUGGUGGUUGUUUUUUUUUUUUUUUAAAUCAGGAAGCUGAAAAGUAUACCCUGUUCUUCAUAACUACUGCCAAGUCUGCCAUAAAUUAAUAGUAUAUCACAUUAACUUUCGAGAGAAUGAAUGAUGAACAUUUAGAAGUCAUGUUUGGCACACGCAGAUCAUCAGGCAUUAUACUAGUAUGAAAGGGAGUUUUUACUUUCUGCAGUUAUGAAAAAUAGUUUUUGUAGAUUCUUAUCUAGUGUUAAGUGACUUUCAGAGUGACAAAAAAAAAAAAAAAGGGUUUUCUUUACUUGCCCCUUUAAGUAAAUUGAAUGUAUAAUAAUGAGCUAUUUAUUGUCUAGUAUAAAGUAAUCUUCUUGUAUCAAAGUGCCAUGUUUAUACCUGUAAAUUCUUGUACUAAAUCAAAAUCAUAUUUCUAUAGUUUGAUUUUGGCAAGUGGGUUUCUAUUGACGUUCCCUUAAAAAUAUUUAUCAAUGUAAAAAAAUAUAAAAAAAAAUCACAUCAAAAAGUCAAAGUGUACAUUGGUUGUCUUCAAUCCUUUAAAAAAAUGCCAGACAUUUGCAUUGGAAAGGUAGGUCUAUCGCACAAGUGGUAUUCAAUAUAGAAAACUAGGGACCGAUAUUGCUUCCAACUGGGCUGAAAUGAUUUACAAUACAACUCUGACGUGUAGAUUAUUCACAAGACUUCCAAAAAAAGGUAUGGCCAUGUAGAUUUUAUUAUUUUCCAAUGUUUACUGCUAUUAGAGUUCCAAGGUUACACUACCGCUCUGUGUCAAACAUUAUCUAGUUUAGUAACUGUUGGGAGUUAUUCACUAAACUGAGAAUUACAUUUGAAAUUGAGUUGGAAUUCACAUUGAAGGUCAAAAUAAAAGUCAACACUGAG